AGCCUGUCUGCCUGCCGGCCUCAGAGGCAGCUCCAGCUGGGCCGAGAUGGGGCUGCCCCGGCCAGGGCUGUGGCUGAAGAGGCUCUGGGUGCUCGUGCAGGUGGCCGUGGAGGUGGCCGUGGGCAAAGUGCUGAUGACACUAUUUCCGGAGAGAGUUAAGCAGAACAUCCUGGCCAUGGGCCAGAAGACCGGGAUAGCCCAGAACCCCAACUUCGCCCAGGACAGCUGGAUUCCCACCUUCUUCAGCACCCAGUAUUUCUGGUUCGUCCUGAAGGUUCGUUGGCAGCGACUGGAGGAUGCCACUGAGCCAGGAGGUCUGGCCCCAAACUGCUCCGUCGUCCGCCUCUCGGGACAGCAGUGCAGCAUCUGGGACUUCAUGCGAGGUAACAGGCCCCUCGUGCUGAAUUUUGGCAGCUGCACCUGACCUUCAUUUCUUUCCAAAUUUGACCAAUUCAAGAGACUUAUCCAAGACUUCAGUUCCAUAGCAGACUUUCUCAUCAUUUACAUCGAAGAGGCACACGCAUCUGAUGGCUGGGCUUUUAAGAACAACGUGGACAUCAAGAAUCACCGGAACCUGCAGGAUCGCCUGAGGGCAGCCAGCCUGCUGCUGGCCAGAAGUCCCCAGUGCCCCGUGGUGGUGGACACGAUGCAGAACCAGAGCAGCCAGCUCUACGCCGCACUGCCCGAGAGGCUCUACGUCCUCCGGCAGGGCAGGAUCCUCUACAAGGGUGAGUCUGGCCCUUGGAACUACAACCCAGAGGAGGUCCGUGCUGUUCUGGAAGAGCUCCACAGUUAACGUGCACAGAGCCCCUGUUCCAGGCGACCAACAGGAGGGCUCCUCAAGGCGUGGCUGUCCCCUUAACCCAGCCGGCUUCUGCCUGUGACUGUGUUCCCGGCUGAAUCACUAGCUCAGAUUUUUCUGCUC